AUGGCGGGUGCCAGACUACAACCGCCGUCCUCCGCCUCUGCAACUGCGUCCUUCAACUCCUUCAUUUCGAAGCUCCUUCUCCUCCUAACUCUAUUACCACUAACGCUUGCCCUUUUCGCCUUUAUCCUUCAAUGGCGCGGUGGUGGAGUGGACGAUCCCAUCUCAAGGUGGUCGCCGGAGGAGUCCCACAAGUUUCCCGGCAUGGACAGCUCGCCGUUGGCCACUGUUGGAGCGCACUCUUCUCAGUCAUCUGAUUGUUCUUCGAUUCUGGGAAACAGCAAUAGGUUGUCGUUUCCUUAUUACAGGGACUGGAAGUUCAAUUUCCAAGCAGAUCUUAAGCCCAAGAUAUGUGUUACAACUAGUACGUCUGCUAGCUUGGAGCAGAUUCUCCCAUGGAUGUUCUAUCAUAAAGUUAUUGGUGUUUCAAAUUUCUUUCUCUUCGUGGAGGGUAAAGCUGCAUCUCCUGCGGUCUCUAAAGUCCUUGAAUCCAUUCCAGGAGUAAAAGUAAUCUACCGAACCAAAGAACUUGAAGAUCAACAGGCAAAGAGCCGUAUCUGGAAUGAAACAUGGCUUUCCAGUUUCUUUUACAAGCCAUGCAAUUAUGAGCUCUUUGUGAAGCAAUCGCUUAAUAUGGAGAUGGCAAUUGUCAUGGCGAGGGAUGCUGGUCUGGAUUGGAUUAUACAUCUUGAUACUGAUGAGUUACUGCAUCCUGCUGGUGCGCGUGAGUACUCUUUGCGGCAGUUGCUGCUUGAUGUUCCUAGUAAUGUUGACAUGGUUAUCUUUCCAAACUAUGAAAGCAGUGUGGAAAGGGAUGACAUCAAAGAACCUUUUACUGAGGUAUCCAUGUUCAAGAAGAAUUAUGACCACUUAACGAAAGAUACAUAUUUUGGCAUGUAUAAAGAGGCAACUCGCGGAAACCCGAAUUACUUUUUGACCUAUGGAAAUGGGAAAUCAGCUGCUCGAGUUCAAGAUCAUCUUCGCCCUAACGGUGCCCACCGAUGGCACAACUAUAUGAAAACUCCCAAUGAGAUUAAACUGGAGGAAGCUGCUGUGUUGCAUUACACGUACGCCAAAUAUUCAGACUUGACUUCCAGGCGAGAUCGAUGUGGCUGUAAGCCUACAAAGGAUGAUGUCAAACGAUGCUUCAUGUUGGAAUUUGACAGAUCUGCGUUCAUAAUUGCUUCCACAGCAACAGAGGAAGAAAUGCUGAACUGGUACAAUGAGCAUGUUGUGUGGACGGACAAAACUUUGAAUCUGAAACUCUUGAGAAAGGGUAUCUUGACACGCAUAUAUGCUCCUAUGGUUAUUAUCCAAGGUUUGAGAGAGGCAGGUGUAUUUGGCUCAGUCAUAGCAUCGGCGCAAGCAUCUCUUACAAAGGACAAUUUCCUAGCAUCAAUUGAGAGCAGCAAUUCAACUAAGGCUGAUUCCUCUCUAUCACUUUCUUCCAGAAAGGUUGGUCGAAGUAAAGAGUACCAGGCAACAGCCAGAAGAAUCUUUGAUGCUGCAACCAGUAGCUAUCAUGAAGCUGCUGUACCACCUUUAUCACCCCCUAAGAUGGAUGACGACCUGAAGAUCGAAGCUUGA